CGCCUCCCGUGACCCGCGGCCGCCCGAGGUCCCGCUGUGCCGCCGGGAGAGGAGCGGGGAGCUGGCGGGCGGCCCCGGGCGCGCGGCCCUGCCCUCGGUGGUCCAACCCCCAUUCACUGAGUCGCGGCUGUGACUUGCUGCCCAGUGACGUGGGGCGUCCCAACUUUACGUAACCCGCCCGGUGCCCCACGGGUGUCCACACAGGGUACAGCUGGGGCGCGGAGGCCCAGGCGUGCGGGUUGGCUCCAGCCAUGGUGCCCCGCAAAAGGGCGCUGUGGCUGCAGCCCACCCCCGCCGCACCCAUCUCUCUAACUUAGUUACCAGCGUGUGUGGACGCAGCCUGUCCGCUGACCUAGGCCUCUUGUGACCAAGUGCUUACCCUUGAGAGAACGCUGUGGGGAGCUUGGGCCCGGGCCAGGGGUCAGAGGCCAGGGCUCAGAUGAGGAAGCCCAGGCACAGAGAAGGAAAGUGAUACACCCGUAUCUGCAGAACCAGGUGAUCGCGGUGCAGGAACCAGGUGGUCGGCCAGCAUGCCGUGGGACGCGCGGCGGCCCGGGGGCGGCGCGGACGGCGGGUCCGAGGGCGCGGGCGCGGCGCGCUCGCGGGCGCAGAAGCAGUGCCGCAAGUCGUCGUUCGCCUUCUACCAGGCCGUGCGGGACCUGCUGCCCGUGUGGCUGCUCGAGGACAUGCGCGCCAGCGAGGCCUUCCACUGGGACGAGCGCGGGCGCGCCGCCGCCUACUCGCCGUCCGAGGCGCUGCUCUACGCGCUCGUGCACGACCACCAGGCGUACGCGCACUACCUGCUGGCCACGUUCCCGCGGCGCGCGCUCGCGCCGCCCAGCGCCGGCUUCCGCUGCUGCGCGGCGCCGGGGCCGCACGUGGCGCUGGCCGUGCGCUACAACCGCGUGGGCAUCCUGCGCCGCAUCCUGCGCACCGUGCGCGACUUCCCGGCCGAGGAGCGCGCGCGCGUGCUGGACCGGCGCGGCUGCAGCCGCGUGGAGGGCGGCGGCACGUCGCUGCACGUGGCCUGCGAGCUGGCGCGCCCCGAGUGCCUCUUCCUGCUGCUCGGCCACGGCGCCUCGCCCGGCCUGCGCGACGGCGGCGGCCUCACGCCGCUCGAGCUGCUGCUGCGCCAGCUGGGCCGCGACACCGGGGCCACCCCCGCCACCACCCCCGCCGCCGCCGGGGCGCCCUCGGAGCCGCGCCAGCGCCGCCUGCUGCUGCUCGACCUGCUGGCGCUGUACACGCCCGCGGGCGCCGCCGGCCCGGCCCGCCGCGAGCUGCUGGGCGACCGGCCGCGCUGGCAGCGGCUGCUGGGCGAGGACAAGUUCCAGUGGCUGGCGGGCCUGGCGCCACCCUCGCUCUUCGCGCGCGCCAUGCAGGUGCUGGUCACCGCCAUCUCUCCCGGCCGCUUCCCCGAGGCCCUGGACGAGCUGCCGCUGCCGCCCUUCCUGCAGCCACUGGACCUCACGGGCAAGGGCUAGACCGCGGGGACACCCUGGGCGCUGGAUUUUUGGAGAAUACUAUUUUUCAGAGCGUUGUACCCGGCACUUUACAUAUAUUGAUUUCUGCACGGCG